ACGAAUGGCGGCCAUAUUGAAAUUUUCGCAGCUGAUUCUUUCUUUCCGGGUCAUUAGUUAGUUCAUGGUCAGAGUGUUGUGCUGCUCUUUUUCCAAAUGGCAGUGACUUUUAAUACAGACCUGGGGGAUUUAAAGAUUGAAUUGUUUUGUGAACGUGCUCCAAAAGCAUGCGAGAAUUUCUUGGCUCUGUGUGCCGGUGGCUUCUACACCGGGUGCAUUUUUCACCGGAACAUCAAAGGCUUCAUGGCUCAGACGGGGGAUCCCACAGGAACUGGAAAGGGUGGAACAAGUAUAUGGGGCCGCAAAUUUGAAGACGAAUUCAGCGAACACCUGAAACAUAACGUCCGUGGUGUGGUCGCCAUGGCGAACAACGGUCCAAACACCAAUGCGUCCCAAUUCUACUUCGCUUACGCCAAGCAGCCCCACUUGGACAUGAAGUACACCGUGUUUGGGAAGAUUAUAGAUGGUUUGGAAACCCUUGACGAAUUGGAGAAACUCCCAGUUAAUGAGAAGACUUUUCGACCCUUGACCGAUUGCCACAUAAAGGAUGUGACCGUCCACGCAAACCCAUUUGCUGCUUAAUUAACUCUUUUUUUUUUUUUAAACAUUUUUUUAUUAUUAUUGCGGACAAUUGAUUAUAUUUUGUAUAAAUGCAUUUUGUAGGAUGUGUGUCUAUGAACAUAAUAAACAUUUUUUCAGAACAUCCA